ACAACUGUUCAUGAACAAAUUACUUAUUGCCAUUAAAAUACUUUUUAUGAAAAAUACUGUGUGAACGCUUUGUUCUCAAAUAUUUAUUAUAACUUGAUAAAAUUCUUGCAGGAUUGGUAAAUUGAGCACGUGAUGUACGAGCAGCUCUUUGUUGGGAUCUUGAUAUUUUGAGCGCUGAAAUAUGAAGUCAAUGUCCGCGUAUCACUGUCCUGAUUAAUUGGCAUAAUUCACACAUGUUAAAGAAAAACAAUAAUUUCCUACAUGAGAAAAUAAAAAAUAAAAAAAUUAAGGAGGGAUCCGCAUCCCUCAAUUAGUUCCAACAAGGGAAUCUCAACGCCUAUAUAUAUAGCAAUUUUGGUUUCUCACAGAGUAAAGUUGUGCUCUUGAGAGGCGAUGGUGUCAGAAUACAACCAAUUCGCAGCUGUGGCUGUGGGGGAUAAAAGGAAACACGACCAAAUCUCAUCACCAUCGCAUGGCAAAGAGGGGAACAAACCAGGGGAUCCCCCCACACCCGAAAAAACAAACUUAGAAGGUCGAGCGAGCAACCAAAGGAGGAGGGGUGAAACUGAAAACAAGUUGGAGACUAGCAGUGAAACGGAUUCUAUCAAGGCCACACUUGUUCUUCAUGAAGACUUAAAGCAGCUGUCGGAAAUAAUACACACCAUUGAGGGUAAUUGCCCUAACAUAACUGGUUCUGUCAACGUACUGGACCUCUUUAUUUCCUCAAAGAAUCAUAUUGAAUAUGGACGUAAAAAGGCUGGUAGAGGAGUGAUGAUGUUGAAAGAGGGAUUGAGCAUACUCUAUGAAGCGCAAGAAUUAUUAAAGGUCAUCAAUUCAAAGCCCCAAGAGUGAAUUCACUUGCAGUUCCAUUACUUUGCCUGUAGCAACUAGAUAUUCAAAGACGCCCGAAAUGCCUCUUUUUGGGUUCAUCUUAAUUAUUUGUCAUGUCCGAACAUUACUUCAAUAAAAAGUCAGCGAAAACGAAACCCCUUCGUUUUGCUUCCUCUAA